CAGACCAGAUCAAUGUCCCCUGUAUACAGCUCCGGGGGUUCGUUGGACACAUUCGUUCUUCUAAAAUAAGAGUGAUGAUUUGUCUGUUUGUGGCAUUUGUUUUCGUGUCCUAACUCCCGUUACCACCCGUUACUCGCAUCCGCCGCCAAUCGAUUGACGUGUGAGGCAUUCGUUAUUGUAUAUCACUGGCUAUCACUGGUUCUGAUUUUACGAAAGUUCCCCGCUGAUCUUGUUGCGUCGGCCGACAUAUCCGCACAGAUUCACGGUUAAACAUACAGAACUUGUUGCAACCGGACUGUUAGCGGACAUUUCGAUUUGAAUAUGAACGAACCCGAGGCCAAUGCCCCUCCCACAGACCUUGGGGAUACAACAAAGUCUACCACAACCAUGGAGCCUCAAGUCGAGAAGCCCAAGACAAGCGCGGCGAGGCCGCCAGUGAAGUCGCGGAGCUCAAUGAACGGUCCUCUGUACAUGCAGACCAGCAAAAAUAAGGUCUUAGUUCGGAGAGUAAAGAGGAAAGACGAUGGCCCCAUGAGGGGCUUGGCUCGUUGGUUUCUCGAGAAUCAAACUGGUCUCUCGUUCAACUUGAUCACUUUGAUCUUCCUCACGCACAUAUGCCUUCCUAAAGCGCGCCCUCACACCUCCAAAUUUUUUACCCUCUCGUACUACAACCCGGAAUCUGGGAAAUAUUCAAUUGGGACGAACGAUUACCACUUUAUUUCAUUCUGCAUAGUUCUCUUCACUGGACUCCGCGCUUGUUUGAUGGAACACAUACUGUCACCAUUGGCCAGACAAUGGGGUAUUUCCAAGAGGAAAGACAUUACUAGGUUCUCUGAGCAGGCAUGGAUGCUGGUUUACUACAGCGUUUUUUGGACGGUUGGCACGUAUUUAUACGUCAAUUCAGCCUACUUUCUCAACAUGAAGGAGCUCUGGACUGGCUGGCCAAAUAGGGAACUCGACGGGCUCAUGAAAGGCUACAUACUGGCGCAAUGGGCUUUCUGGGUACAGCAAGUCCUUGUUAUCCACAUGGAAGACCGCAGAAAGGACCACUAUCAGAUGCUCACCCAUCACUUCAUCACGAUCACGCUUAUUUCCGGGUGUUACUACUAUUGCCAUACUCGAGUUGGUAAUCUUAUCUUGGUUCUUAUGGAUGUGGUCGACUUGUUCCUCCCACUGGCAAAAUGCUUGAAAUACCUAGGGUUCUCAAAGCUAUGUGAUGCCACGUUUGUGGUUUUCAUGGUGUCGUGGUUUGUGGCCAGACAUAUAUUUUACCUUAUGACAUGCUACAGUAUUUACAAGGAUUUGCCUGAGCAAAUCACCUGGGGCUGCUACCGUGGCCCAAAUUCAAACCUGACGGGACCGUUGCCUAUCCCUGAUGGAUGGGGUCACGUUCUAGAGCCAUUUAAUGGCUCUGAGGGUACGGUUUGUUUCUCCAGCUCAAUUCAGUGGGGAUUCCUAAAUUGUUUACUUGGUCUCCAAGUCCUCACCAUCUUCUGGUUCUUCAUGAUUAUCAAUGUUGCCAUCCGGGUGGUUAAGGGGGACGGCGCCGAUGAUACUAGGAGCGACGACGAAAGGGAUGAAAAUGAGCUAGAAACCGAAUACGAAGAGGCACAACCACUUGAGGAAGAAGUUGGCGUAGAAGCUAUUGAUUUGAAGGGGUGGGAGCGUCGGACAGGCGUUAAAAGAGGCGCAAGUUCUUCUGGUGUCAGUUUACCCGGCCAUAGCGAUCGUAAGGAGUUGCUCGGUCGCAUCGGCUGCGAGAAGCAGGUUGACUGAUAUAUCAGCAAAACAAGGUGUAUCGCGGGGCACGAACAUGGUAAACGGCAGGUCCCUUUGCUUGUGGCGGCCACUGGGGAUAUCGUGCGCGCCGCUAAGGAGUGCCACGCUUAGGCGUGCCGGAUGGUUAAGGGCACAAAAGUUAAGCGUGGCAGUCUUCAUUUUGUCUUGUUCAUAUGGGGUUGAUCUGGGAGCGGUACCCUGUGCGCUACUUUACUGCACCGAGGACAGUGGGAGGACCAUCUGCUCUAUCUCGGCAUAUAUAGAAACGGAAUUCAAUACUUAUACCCUAUAACCCUAUCAUAUGCUAGCCCGUAUAGGGCCUUGUCGGUCUUAUUAUUUAUGAUACCUGGGUACCUAAGGUAUUAUGAUUCGUUUUCUAUCCUACCACCCAUAGUGAUUAUGGCUCAACCCUAACU